AUGAGUUCAAAAUAUGAUUUUCUGAAGGAUGUUAAUCCUGCCAAAGAGGACUGGAGGAUUAAGGUGAAGGUGGUUCGGACUUGGAAAGUUCCUAACUUUCAGCGUAAAAAUUUGGAGGACAAUCUUGAAAUGGUUUUAUUGGAUGAACAGGGUGGUAGGAUCCACACCACUGUCAAAGACGUCAUUGGUUUAAUAUCAAGAAUUGGGAAAGUUUGUGAUCGUGUGGUUUCUGGUAGGAAGACAAAAAUGGUGGUGUUGGAGCUUGACGACCUGAGGGGUCAUAAGUUGGAGUGCACUUUGUGGGAGCAUUAUGUGGAUGAGGUCCAAUCUUUUUUGGCAGACAACGACGAUCCUCAUAACGUCCUGAUAGUCCAAUUGGGAAGGAUUAAGUGUUUUAGAGGUAAGGUCGGGAUAACAAAUACAAAAUAUACAACAAGGAUUGUAAUGGAUUCAAAACUGAAUGAGAUUGUUGAGUUCAAAAAAUGUCUCUCGAUUGAUGGUGUGGAAAGUAGUACAAGGAUGACUCAAUUGUCUACUCAGUCAUCCUAUUCUUUCGAAAAUGAUUUUCUUAAGGAGACUGAAAAAAAGUCUAUCAGUGAUGUGAAACUUUGUGUUGAGGUAACUACCUGCAUCACAUACGGGACUAUAAAGGCAAUUGAGAGCAAAUACAACUGGUGGUACAAGUCAUGCAAAAAGUGUCCAUUUUCCGUUUAUGAGGAUUUUGAGAAGUGGUAUUAUUCCGCAUCCUUUAUUCUGUUUGAUCGCGACUGUGUGUCUUUGUUGGGAAUGAGUGCUGCUGAAUUGCGCGAGCUGCAUUUCAAGAGGGGUGCCGAUUUGGAUCAAUUUCCAAAUGAGUUAAAUGUUCUGAAUGAAAAGUCAAUGUUGUUCAAGAUAAAAGUUAAGCAAAAGGAUUUGAACACAAAUAGUGAGCCCAAAUAUCAAGUUGUAACCUCAGCGUUCAUUAAGUCUCUUAUAGAUCCAAAUGAUGAAGCAAAUUUCGAUAAUGCACGCGAAAAUGAAGUUGUUUCGCCGGAACUGGAAAAGGUUGCG